AUGGAGGCCCACAAAGAACGCGCUCUCCUCCGCUGUUUCAAGCAAUCAAAUCAACUUGUUCAAAAUUCCUUUGACUCCAUAACGGAAGUGGUUCGAGAGUUGAAGAACUCGUACGAUUCCCUCCUAUGGCAAGAUGAUAUCAAGAGAUUCGUAAAAUUGAUGAUGUUAGAUGGGUGUUUCAUGCUUGAAUUAUUACGAGUUGCAUACCAGCCUAAAAACUAUUAUUCCGAUGAUGAUCAUGUCUUUAGUCGAUAUGGGGAUCUUUAUGUUGUGCCAUUUAUCAGGGUUGACAUGUUGCUGCUAGAGAAUCAGUUGCCAAUGUUGCUUCUACUCAAGCUCAAAUAUAUCUUCAAGAAUGAUGAGCCUGACGUUGAAGAAUUGAACAAGGACAUAUUUCGGCUUUUCGAUCACGACAGUAACAACCUAUGUUAUACAGAAACGAAAAUGGGAAACGUUUCUGAUAAGAAACGAAAACGUGGAAACGGACGUAACAACUACUCAAAGAUGGACAAAUGUUUGCACGUGCUUGACCUCCACCGCAAGGGCCUACUCCACACACACAACCAGCACGGAAAUGCAGCCCCCCAAUCUCUAGAUCAAGGAGAAGGAAAGAACAAGAGGAGCGGCCACAACGUCGUCCGCCCAGCCACGGAGCUCCAUGAGGCCGGCAUCCACUUCAUGAAAAGCGAAAGCAAAAGUCUCCGGGACAUCACCUUCUCAAACGGCAUCUUGAAACUUCCCAAUUUCAUGGUUACUGACGAUACCGAAUUAAUGUUCCUCAAUCUCAUAGCCUUUGAGCGUUGCCAUAUCCCUGCUGGCAAUGACAUCACUUCGUUUGUCGCAUUCAUGGACCGCAUCAUCGACGGCAAGCAAGACAUCAAAAUUUUGAGCUCGAAAGGGAUUAUCGACAACUUCAUUGGGAGUGACGAAGAGGCAGCUGAUUUGUUCAACACAAUCUCCAAGGAUUUGAUCAUGGAGAUGACCGGCAACCUUGACCAGGUGUACACGAAUCUCAUCGUGUACUGCAACAAACCUUGGAAUAAAUGGCGCGCCAAUCUAACUCAAACUUACUUCAGAAGCCCGUGGGCAAUUAUUUCUGUCAUUGCAGCCAUACUCCUUUUCUCUCUUGCUACAGUGCAAACUAUCUUCACCAUCCUAAAUUAA